ACAGCCGACAAGCAGAGGAUACUCACAUAGAUAAGCGCAUCCUGUCAGACGUGAUAAAGCUGGAGAGAGGAGUGGCUGCAGAAGGGGCUUGCCAGUUCCCCCGCGGGUCCUCAACUCUGUGCUGCUGAAACAUUAACCUGACCAAUAUCACCCCUGUCGCCUCAAAAACUCGAAAGAAAAUGGUUUGAAUAAGAGCAUUUACGCAUGAUCUCAAUUCCUUUCCUUGUGUGGGCACUCUUUGUCAACAUUCCCAGCAUUGUGAGGAAUUGCUUCCAUGGACGCUGAGAGAGAGAAUAUGCAGUUGACUUUCUCUUUUUCUCGGCUACAAAACCAUUUAAGAAACUGGAGUACAAAAAAUGUGUGCCUAGAGAAAUUGUAGAUGAUUAUGAAAGAAAUUGUUUAACAGUGAAAGGGUUAGAAGUGAGUGAGCACAACAGAGAUCAAGGCGUUUGUGAAUGAUUAACGUGCGUGUUGACAUUAAAGCAACGUAAAUAAUUACAACACCAAAAGCCACGUCUGUUAUAGAGUGACCCGCCACGCUGCAGACAACGUGAGGAACCAACAGCCACUCCACUGAACCAAGAUGACCAAGAGAACCACAGACAGAAGACCAAUCCUCCGCGACCCAAGAUAACCACUAACACGACCUUCCCGCCACCAACAACAGCAACAACGUAAAUAUUGGAUCAGACCUUGACACCUUCACUCCCACCAUGCAGAGUGUAAUAAAUGAGUUCCGAAGGUGGUUCCCUAGCCAAGAGGGAACCUGUGGGCAAGACGGCGAUGUGAUGGUAGGGCAUGGCAGCGGAGGGAAAGGCAACGAGGAAGGAAGAAGCAGAGUGAAAGACGCAGUGACACACCUUGACUGCAUUAAGAUUGGAACACCCCCAGAGGGAAUGAAGAAAGCGGAAAGAGUCCCUGGCUUUAACACAAACAUCAAGGACACAGACGAUUACCCGGAAAUGCAACUCAAGAGGGUGAAUAACCUGUCUUCUGGGGGUGACUCCGGACCGUAUGGAAGGGGAGAAUUUGUGAAGGUACUCCCGUCCUUCCCUCCUGACAGCGGCAAGCGGCAGAACAACCUUGGCCGCGAAGACCAUGAAAUAUCAAACUUGAUCCCGAGUAAAUUCUUGAGUAGGAGCAAAGACGAGGCUCAGAAAGGCAAAGAGUGCAGCGUCACCAAAUCCCCCGUCUCGCCACGGCCGCCGCCAGUAAAUAACACUGCAAAUGAUUCUUACUGCCCUGCUGGCUUGUUACCCCACUCCGGAACAUUGAGCGGACGCGAUGCGGAUCCGGUUAUCGCUACCCAAGCACCCGGAAGCACGUCGUUGGGAGACAAACACCGCCGGCCACCCAGUGAAUCAAGCAGACUGAAACUGAACCCGGGGAAGAAAAGACAACAUCGAUCACGUUCCUUCCCGCAAAGCUUCCUCACUGCGUCACCUGCCACCACCACCACCACCACCACCACCACCACCACUGCCUCCACCAAAGGAAAGUCCCUCCCCACCAAACUAAACCCAGAGAACUACAGUGAAAAGACAAUAGUGCACUGGAAGAAAGAAUGUCUGGUGUCUGAAUUAUUACGGGCACUAGUGAAGCGUCCAGAUGUUCCUGCUCCGCCCACCUUGUGCCCGCCUUCACCCAAAUAUUUCUCAGCCUGUAGUACCCCUGUUCCAGCUUCCCCCACUUCGCCCUCUCCUCCCGAUGUUCCGGAUUUCCUCAGCCAUGCCACGGCUUCUCCUACCACUCUCCCGCCCAUCUCCAGCACCGUGCCGGAUUCUCGCAGCUCUAUCGCGGACUCCUUCACCUCUGUUACGGACUCCCCAAGCCCUGUCCCGGAUACCCCAAGCCCUGUCAGGGAUUCUUCACCCGACGCCCCUGACACAUCGGGGUGGAAGAUCACAAAUAGAUUACCCGUGCGAAGAGUUGGUAACACAAUACUGAGCACUAUUGCACAACUCUUCGGCCAACUUCUUCCCAAGCCAUCUCCUUCCAAAACUCAGCCUUUGAGCAACACGUCCAGCGGUGACGGACUGCAAGAGGACGCACAGGAAGCAGGGGGAGACAUUGUGAUGCGUAGAAAGCCAUCGAGGCAGCGGGAUGUAAAGAUCGAAGAGGAAGAAGACGGUGACUUUGCAGGUGUUGGUAUGAGAGGGUUGGCCAGCAAGGAAAUCCACAGGAAGAUAUAUGUGUUCGAGGAAGCUGAGGUUCAUGACAGCACUAGUGACUCUGUACCGAGGGAGUCAAUAUCUCCAGGCACCAACAGAGUACGAGAUUUAGUCAGAAUGAUCGAAGAUUGCAUGAAAGGCAACACAGACGCAGCAAAACAAGCUAACACAAAAAUAGGAAGGCUAACCGACGAAGUUAUACAAAAUAUGAGACUACCACUCUACAUUCCCCUGGAAUGGGAUUACGACAGAAAACAAAGACCAGAAAACGAACCCAUAAAAGAGGAGAUAUCAAAGGGAGAAGGAGAAGGAGGAGGGGGAGGAAACCAGCAAGACGCAAACACACUAAUCUCACAGUCAGCGACGAGCAAAAUGAAAGAAAAUGAAGAUCAAACUGGCAUCGAAGAAUCGGACAAAGAGGCGGAAUGGAAGCUCUUUGCGGCUCGGAACAUGAGUUGGAGAAAUAGACGAAGAAACAGCGAGAAAGAGGACGCAGAUAAAGGAAGGAGAAGCAGCGAAAAGGAGAAAAGAGAUGAGGAGGAACAGAGAGAAAACGAAAAGGAAAGAGAAGAUAAGCCGAGAAGUCAAGAGAAGAACGAGAAUGGAGAUGGACGGAGAGAAAGUAAGAGAACAGGUGAAGGACAGAGAGACAACGAGAAUAAUGAAAAAAUCGAAAUUAAGAUAGUGGUAGAUGAGGACGAAACUGAGAGUGACACUGAUGAGGAAAACGUGAUUAUGAGAAGUAAGCCGAGAGAGCAUCCUGUGCCCUUCUACCGCUACUCCACACUGGGGCCGCGGGUACGCCAGGUACAGAACACUAUCUAUCCAUUCUGUGUGGUCAGGCCGAGGACCGUCAUCAUUAGCCUAGGAGUCUGCACGGAAACCAAGUAUAUAAACGACUCCUUCGGCGACGGCGUGAGCGAGUCCGAGAGCGAGGAUGAGGAAGACAUCUCGCCAGCGCCCGUGCCCGCCCCCGCCCCCACGCCCACCCGCCAGCGCCCCGCCACGCCCUCCCGGACAUCACGCCCCCACUCCCCUCUCUCUGACAUGGACACUGAGUCGAAGAGGAAUUCACAGGCUGUGAGCACCGAACCCUCAGACCUGGAGGACCAUAGCUCUGUUACUACCAGCGACAUUGAGUGCCCUGAGCCUCCCGUAGUGGACUCCCGCAAGGACAAGGCGUACAGGAUUGCCCUUGAACUUCUGCAUACUGAGAGGACUUAUGUUAAGGUCCUGCAUCUCAUAGACCAGGAGUUCCAGUUCCGUGUUGACAACGAGAACCGCGCCCACCACAUGUUCCCACCUGACGUCAUCCUCCACAUGUUCUCCAAUAUCAAGUCCAUUUAUAAGCUGCACCACGACUUCCUCCUGCCACAAUUGGAGGAGCGGAUGGCACAGUGGGAGCAUAACAGGAGGAUAGGUGACAUCAUGAAGAACUUUGCCCCAUUCCUCAAGAUGUACACAGAAUACGUACGUAACUUUGACAACGCCAUGACGCUCAUCAACCAGUGGCAGGCCAAGUGUCCACGCUUCGCUGCCAUCAUGGAUGAUAUUCAUUCCAUGGAGGUGUGUGGGAGCCUGACGCUGCAGCACCACAUGCUCUCCCCUGUGCAGCGCAUCCCCCGCUAUGAGAUGCUGCUGAGGGACUACCUGAAGAAGCUGCCUGAGGACUCACCAGACUGCCAUGAUACAGAGAAGGCUCUGCAUCUCGUCUCCACGGCAGCUAACCAUGCCAAUGACGCCAUGAAGAAGAUAGACAAGUUUGAGAAGCUCCUCGAGAUCCAGGAGAGUCUGGGAGGAGCCGAGGACCUUGUGUCUCCCACCAGGGAACUGAUUAAGGAGGGGAAGAUUAUUAAGAUUUCAGCCAGAUCAGGAGACCAUCAAGAAAGAUAUAUAUUUUUACUGACUGAUCUCCUGCUGCUGUGUUCCCCGAAACUGAUGAGUGGCCGGGUGAUGAGUGGCCCUCAGUAUCGCCUCCGGGCAAAGUAUCAUGUAGAAAACUUAAUCAUCCAAGAGGGAGACAACCUAGAAACAGCAAAUACUUUCUAUAUAAAAGACAACAACAAAUCUGUGGAACUCUACACACAAACCAUAGAAGAGAAGGAGCAAUGGCUGGAUGCAUUAUGUGCAAUACAUGAAACAUCACAACGGAAAUCUUCGCUGAAGCUGCACUUCAACCCAAAUCAGAGAGUCAUAGAUGUUGAUCUCGGCCAGAAGCAGCCAAUGCUCAUCCGGUCUGACUCAGUGACUAAGUGCAUGGAGUGUGGCAGCCAGUUCACCAUGGUGCGCCGAAAGCAUCACUGCCGGGCGUGUGGUGCGGUGGUGUGCAGUAAAUGUUCCAGUUUUAAGGCGUCCCUUGCUUACGAGUGUGGCAAGAGUGUGCGGGUGUGUCGGACGUGUCACACCACACUGCAGGAACUGUCCUCCUCCACAGCCACACCCUCCCCAGAGAUAGAUGAGGGUGACGAGUGCUCCAUGUACAGUGCCAAAGAACAGCUUGACUUACCCUUUCGCAACAGAGGAGUGCUGGAGGUGUCGGCCAAGACAAGCGGGGCAGUCAUGCAAGGCUUCCUUCAGCUCAAGACUCACCGCAAGACUUGGGUCAAGAGAUGGUUUGCUUUACACACAGACUUUGUCCUUUACUCCUUCAAGUGCGAGGCUGAUGACCAGGCACUCACGGCCACACCGGUGCCAGGAUUCACUGUGACACACCUCCAGGGCACGAGGAAUGAGAGUGGAAUUAGUGACAAGGAGAAAGAGAGAGCAUUUAAGCUACAUCAUGCCAAAAAACAAUACAUAUUCCAGGCAGCUUCUAAAGAUGAAUCUCAAAGGUGGGUGGCGGCCUUGAAAAAAGCAUCCCAGGCGGAGCUCCCCUCCCCGGUUCAAUGACGAGAGCGGCAAGUGAUCGAGGCUCUUAUCACAAGUCUGUGAGAACAACUACCGUGAAAGAAACAACUACAACUCUACAUACAUACAUGAACACACCAACACAAUCGCACACACUCUUACCCAAUUUGGACGUGGCGACAGGACUUGCUGUGGUAUAUUUCUUCCUCAUCUGCUCAAACAUUGGUCUGAGAAGCCGGUGGGCAGUACCUGAACAGUUACAACCUUAACACGUUGCCUCUCCAUCAUCAGUUUUCAACGGUUACUUGUUACUUACGUACAUUUUUAGCUUCUGAUACUUUGUAUAUAACAUUUUUCACCGGUGUUAUAUAAAUUACUUAUUAUGCAAAAAAACUGUGUUUAUGUAUAUCUGAAGUAAAUUAAUACAAAUUUAUGGUGUAGCAUAUCACAUCAAUGUGUACCUGUUUUAUUGCUUUGGUGUUGCAUGAAAAAUUUCUUUUCUGUCUUAAAAAAACUGUAUGUUUUAUAUGUUUUACAAAAACAUUAUUGAUUACUGUAUAUUUCUUUAUCAACAUGGAACCUUAAAUCAUUGCUUUGAUCAACUCAUGUUCUAUCAUUUAAUUCAAUUAAUUUAAUAGGUGUUAUUUACAAGUCAUUUCUGGUCCUUAGGUUUGGCUACAAAGUGUGUACUACAGCUUGGUGAUGGGAAGGUAGUUUUGUCUCGGUGUUGUGUUGCUUCACUACAGACAGGCAUCAGUGACAGGCAAAUGCAUGGGUCUGAGAUUCCAGAUUUGAAACAGGAGCAAUAAGUAGUUCAAAAGUGUACAUAAAUCAUAAAUAAUAGGAGUUGAAAAUGAGUGAGAAGAAAUAUAGUGUGUCAGGUUCUGGUAACCAAUGGAGAAAAGUUAAACAAUAAAACACAUGCUUUAAAACGUCCAAUCACAAAACGCACAGAUGAUGUGACGUCCAGAAUUAGAAGCUUAAGAUAAAGACUCAUGAUUCAGUAUUAUUGUUAAUGUAAUUGGCAUAUCACAAUGUAAGCUGUCUCUUUCUCUUGUUUGUGGUACAGUGUAAUACUAUUUAUGAUCAGAGGUGCUGCUUUUUGGGAGGGAAUUACAUGAUAUUCCCUGAAAUUUGCUUCACAUCAGGUAACACUGAGCUACAGUUAUGCUUUACCACGUUAACCCAAUGUUAUUAGGUGGAGUUCACAGUAAAGGUGUGAUCAAGAUGUUAUACUUAGACAUUAAGGCAAGGAGCUGCAUUGCUUGGGCCAGAAGUCAUCCUCAUGUCAUCUUUGGCUACAUAUUAGUGGGAGACUGAGAGCAGUACUGAUCUUGUUUCAAUAUAAUGCAGAGCUGAAGCAGAUAUGAGGUACAAAUGGUCAAGAAUUGAAUGAUAAAAUUAUUUAGACAACAUCAUAUAGAAAGAGAAAAUGAGAAAGAGAGAUGAGAGAGGUUUGCAUCAGAUUUGGUAAAGCAUAAUAUCACAAAUGUGAGAGGAUAGUUGUGGAGUACUGGAAGACUGUAAUGAAAAAGAAAGGACUUUGGGCUGUAUGCAGAGAAGUAGCAUUCCUCUUUUCUGAGUUUCUUCUUCAUUAAAAAUGCAUUUAAUCUAACUGAUGGACAUACUAUUGAGUAAUACUGAAUAGUGAUGUAGUGCUUGUCGGUGUCUCUGAUAAAGUAAUGAUUGUGUUGGUUGGAAGUGAUUGUUGCUGACACACCACAAAAUACAUAUGUCUUUUUUUAAUCAAAAUAUGUGAGGGGGUUUUCAAGUGUUGGUUGGGUUACACUCUAACUGCUGAUCAAAUUAGCUGCCCUCCCAUCAAGACAUCUCUCAGUAUCUACAUGCUAAAUUCUCUCUGUGUUAAAGAGAAAAACACAUGCACCAUUAUGUAUUCUGUUCUUCCUUGGCAAACAUAAACAUGAACCAAAGCUUAAAAUUAGUAAAUGCAUGCACUUCAUUGCAAGACUUGAAUUUUAUACAGACUCCACAAAAGAAAAAUAUCAUUAAUGUACUAUGUCAGUGACUAUUUGAAGGAUUUCACAACUUUUUUUCAUAAUUAUUAUAUCAAUCAAAGUUCAGAAAUAUGUAGAGGGAUAAUUCCCAUUGAAGAUCACAUGCAUCCUGUACAUUGGAUUCUCAGUGUUUCCUUUCAGUUGGUGGGAAUAGCACACUUCCCAUUGAUGAGGCUCAGUGUUCCAUCAGGGUUCUUGGCAGACCAGGCAGUGCACUCAAAAACUUCAUUCAUAUAUAAGAGAGAGAUAUAUAAAGAAAGAAUAAUGAGCAUUUAAAUACUAUCUGACCAUGUAAGUUUAACUCAUUUACCACAUGACAACAGGGAAGACAAUUGCUAUCCCAAGAUCUUUCUACUGAAUAAUACCUAAACAAGUCUGGGCCAUUUGGUUAAUAUAAGAUCCACAUUAUGUAAACUUUUUACAUCCAGGAUUUUUUCAGGAGCAAACAUUGCCUUGGUCUGCAUUCAUACCUGAUAUUCCUGUUGAUUUUGGCAGUAAAUGAGUGAGAUUCCUGAUAUUGGAACUGUUCAGAAGGUUAUGAAUUGCCAGAAGAAUUUGUUUUGUUAUUAUGUCAAGCAUACAGUCAUGCUCUUCAGCUGGGAGCGACAAACGAGCUGCUCCUGACGGUAACACUGGUACUGAUGAAUUUUAAGUGGAACUAUAAUCACUGAAAAGCUCACACAUAAAGUGCAUGUGUUUAUAAGCCUUAACUGAGUAAAAUUUACCAAUGCAUAUCAAAAAGCAUAAAGAUAUAUAUGUAACUAAUCUUGUCUACAAUCAGAAAUUUUCCAAUAUCACAUCUGAAAAAUAGUAUUCUUACUGUACUGUCAACAUUCUCUCUCUCUCUCUCUCUCUCUCUCUCUCUCUCUCUCUCUCUCUCUCUCUCUCUCUCUCUCUCUCU